UCUCUUGUCAAUUGUUCUUUUUUUCCUAUUGAUCUAUUGUUACGCUUUCAAAAGAUUAUCGCGCGAUCGGAACCAAUUGUUGUUUUUCUUUUUACAGUUACAUUUCAAUAUAAAACCAACAUAUUUCAAUAUAUAAAAGGUUCUCUUUUUCUCUUUUUAAUUUUUUUCAAUCGUCAAAUAUCAUUUUAUGUUUCUGAUAGAAAUAUAAUAAAAUAAAACAUCAAAUUUUAACAUAUCAACGAACAAUAUAGUUUCAUCAUAGUUUGCAUCGUUAAUUGGCUCAACGAGAUCAACCUAUUUUUCUUUAACUUAGUUGUCCAAACGUUUCCAUUCAUAAAUGAUUUCGGUUUAAACGUAUUUUAUUAUAUAUAUUUGAUAACAUUCUUUUCUAUAAUCGACUCGUAUUUUUAUCGUUUUAUAACCGGAAACGACACCGCUCGUUUCGAAAGAAUAUACGUGACUUUGGAAACGUAAGAUUAUAAGAGGCCACCGUAAAAUAGAUAUACUUUGCUUUUUUCGUAUUAUUAUUUUAUAUUAAUAAAAAAAAAAAGUAAUAAUAAUAAUAACAAUAAUAAUGAAAAAAAUAAGUUCAUCAACGGAAAAAGAAUUUCAUUGUCGGCAAGUUUAUCUUUUCGUUUGCGAUGACUGGUUCAAACGCGUGGGCUAGUUACGAUCAUAAUGAACGCAUACUACUAAAAUACACACUAUGCCGUGAUACAUGCAUAGUAAAAAGUAGCGCUGUUAUAUGUCAUCGAUACGAAUGUAUUCUUCCGCGGUAUAAUUGCCAUUGAAAAGAAGGAAAUGUUUUACCAUGUUUGCUCUGUAAUGCCGUCCGUUCUAUAGUUAACAAUUUAAUCGAAUGCAUUAAAAAAACAUAUAUAUAUAUAUAUAUAUAAAAAAGAAAAAAAAAAGAGAAAAUAACAGACGAUCGAUUACGUAUUAAAGAAGCAUAUGUGAUGCAUAAAUAUUGUAGAUUUUUCGAAACCAUAAGCAGAGAAUACGUUUAUUACUAUGCAUUCGCUGAACGUACUGCGGUUUUUCAUAAUAGAGACUGCUUUUCGAUCGAUAUUCUACUUUUCACUGUUGCCUCAAAUGAAACCGAUGGUUUCAAAAGAUAUAUUCGGUCUACGGAGGUCUACGGAUUUCGUGACCGCGUGCGGGUUCUUGGUUUAGGAAAGGAAUGGAGAGGGGGUAAUGUCAAAACCAGUCGAGGUGGUGGAUAUAAGAUAAAUCUCUUCAAAGAUGCAUUAAAGAAAUAUCAAGAUGAUAAGGAGAGAAUCGUUAUCUUUACAGACAGUUAUGACGUUAUAUUCCUAACUCCGCUUUCCGAAAUCAUCGAGAAAUUUAAGGAAACCGAAGCACGAGUACUUUUCUCAGCGGAGGGUUCCUGUUGGCCAGAUCGGAAUUUAGCUUCAAAAUAUCCACACAUAACAGGAGGAAAGCGUUAUUUAAACUCCGGUGGUUUUAUGGGUUACGCCUCCGACAUUUUUGCCAUUUUAAAUACUGCCACACUCGAAGACCACGAAGACGAUCAAUUAUUUUAUACGAACGUUUAUCUUGAUGAAGAUUUGAGAGAAAAGCACAAGAUUAAACUCGAUCAUAAAUCCGAAAUAUUCCAAAAUCUUUAUGGUGCAGUAGCUGACGUCGAAUUGAUAUUCAAAGGACAAGAAGCUUAUCUUCAAAACACGGUUUAUAAUACGAUACCUUUGAUAGUACACGGUAAUGGUUACAGUAAGCUAGCCUUAAACUCUUUAGGAAAUUAUUUGGCACGCGCCUGGAGUCCUGAGGAAGGAUGUUUGAAUUGUUGGGACGAUGUGAUCGAAUUGGAUGUUAAAAAACCUGAUACAUUUCCGAUUAUUUUGGUCGCAUUGUUCGUAGAUAUACCAGUACCAUUUUUAGAAGAAUUUUUAUUAUCCAUUUAUCGACAAACCUAUCCAAAAUCUAAAUUGCAUCUUUUCAUUCACAACAAUGUUCCAUAUCACGAGCAGACAAUACAAGAGUUCAUCGAUACUAUUGGAGAAGAAUAUUUGAGCGUCAAACAAAUUUUUCCGAGCGAUGAUAUAGAUGAAGUCCAUGCGAGAAAUUUAGCAAUGGAUUACUGCUUGUUGAAAGAUUGUACUGGAUACUUUUCGGUCGAUGCUAUUGCCCAUCUUGACAAUGAACAUGCCUUGAAAUUGUUGGUUGAACAACAAAGAAAUAUCGUCGCUCCUUUGCUUGUUAGACCAUACAAAGCAUGGAGUAAUUUUUGGGGUGCCAUUACGGACGAUGGAUUCUAUGCUCGCAGCUUCGAUUACAUGGAAAUUGUCAAGAAUGAACGCAGGGGUUUGUGGAAUGUACCAUUCAUUAGUAAUUGUUAUUUGAUCAAUGCCACACUCAUAAAGAACAAGGCAACACGUCCCUCCUAUUCGGUCGACAAUUUGGAUCCAGACAUGGCUUUUGCAUAUAUCAACAGAGAACGUUAUAUUCACAUGUAUGUUAGUAAUAGAUUAGAUUUUGGACAUCUGGUUGAUCCGGAUACCUACAAUAUCAAAUUAACGCAUCCAGAUUUCUAUCAAAUAUUGGAUAAUAAGUUCGAUUGGGAGAAAAGAUACAUACAUGAAAAUUAUAGUCUGAACUUCGAUCCGAACCAUAAACCUCAACAGCCGUGUCCAGAUGUUUAUUGGUUCCCUAUUGCCAAUCGACGAUUUACUAAAGAGUUGAUCAAUGUCGUAGAAACGUAUGGUCAUUGGUCCGAUGGUACUAAUCAUGAUCCAAGAUUAUCAGGUGGUUAUGAGAAUGUACCAACUCGCGAUAUUCACAUGAAUCAAAUUAAUUUUGAACCACAAUGGUUGUACUUUUUGAAGGAGUAUGUUAGACCUCUACAGGAAUUAGUAUUUACGGGAUAUUAUCAUGAUCCACCACGCGCCAUAAUGAAUUUCGUAGUUCGAUAUCGACCAGAUGAACAACCAUCGUUAAGGCCGCAUCAUGAUAGUUCGACGUACACAAUUAAUAUCGCUCUUAACGAAGUUGGAGUCGACUAUGAAGGCGGUGGAUGUAGAUUUAUCCGAUAUAACUGUUCGGUUACCGAUACGAAACCUGGAUGGAUGUUGAUGCAUCCUGGAAGACUGACACAUUAUCAUGAAGGAUUGAAAGUAACCAAGGGUACUCGUUAUAUAAUGAUUUCUUUUGUUGAUCCAUGAUAAGUUUAAAAGAAGAAAACUAAGUUCCGUUUAGGUUCGUGUAAGUAUAUCAAUUAAACGUGUUCUUUUAAUGUUGAAUGGACGAUAUAAAAUGAUAUAAGAUCGUUCAUGUAUUAUUUUUAUAAUGUGUUGUAACAUAAUUGUAAAUGCACAUACUUCAUUCAUGAUAAUAAUGUUGACUGAAUGUUUAUACAGAUUAAUGCAAAUCGUAAAUACAACAUUGUAAUAUAUAAUACUAAA